AUGACUGGCAAACUGAUCAACAGAAUGCGAUGGCGUGCCUACCACUUCCUAAAACCAUCUACAACAAACAACGAACAGCAAACGUAUGGAUUUAAAUCGAAGAAAACCCCACCACAAGUACCCGAGCUAAACGAGUUUGAAACCAAGAUGACCAAUAUGAUCCAUAACAUCGAAUUCAGAACACCUAGGCCCUCGGAGUUCCAACGCAAACUGUCCGAACACACGGAAGCAAUCAAUAAAGACGCCAACUUAUAA